UUCUUGUGAUUAUAAUAUCUAAGCUUUUCACCGUUUGGGGAUUCCACCUUAAUUUCCAUAUGCAUUAAACCCUAACCAUCUCUCAAUUUUUUGUUUCCUUUUCACAGUUACUACAUCUACCUGCGAAUCAAGAGAUCGAUAAAAAUCAAGAAUUUAUUGUUGUCAAGGUUUAAGAACUUGUUGUUGACAAGGUAUAAUCCAAUCUCUCUCUUUUUUUUGGUAAUUUAUUUAUUUUAUUUUGUUCUGUAACUUGAGAAUUUGAUGAUACUUAGUUUUUUUUUUUUUGUAUAUUGGGUUGAGUUAAAGAAAGUAUUUUGUGGUGAAUGGAAAAUAAGUGUUACAAGAAUGUGGAUAAUCCCUUCAUUGAAUUUGCAUAUAAGGGAAAUAGUGAAGUGGAGAAUCCAAAGAGGGUGUUUUUAUCUCCUUAUUUUCCAUAUAAGGAAAGUAAAAGGAACAAUUUUUAUGAUUCUUGUUCUUCAAGGAAGGUGUCCAAGUGUUUUCCGAAAGUUGAAGAGUCUAAAGCAGACGAUUCUUGCAGUUAUAGGAAGGUGUCGAAACAUUUUCGCAAAGUUGGAGAGUCUAAAGUGGGUGGUGAUUCUUGUCGUUCUAGGAAGGUGUUGAAACAUUCUCGGGAAGUUGGAGAGUCUAAAGCGGACUAUUCUUGUGCUUCUAGGAAGGUGUUGAAACAUUUUCGGGAUGAUGAAGAGUCUAAAGUGGACGAUGCUUGUCGGUCUAGUAAGGUUUUGAAAUGUUUUCGGGAAGUUGGAGAGUCUAAAGCGGGUGAGUCUUGUCCAUCAAGGAAGGUGUCAAAGUAUUUUAUGAAUGUUGGAGAUUCUAAAGUGGACGAUGCUUGUCGUUCUAGGAAGGUGGCGAAACAUUUACGGGAAGUUGAAGAGUCUAAAGCGGGUGGUUCUUGUCGGUCUAGGAAGGUGUUGAAACAUUUUCGGGAAGUUGGAGAGUCUAAAGUGGGUGGUGAUUCUUGUCGUUCAAGGAAGGUGUCGAAGUAUUUUGUGAAAGUUGAAGAUUCUAAAGCGGACAAUUAUUGUCGUCCUAGGAAGGUGUCGAAACGUUUUCACGAAGUUGGAGAGUCUAAAGUGGGUGAUUCAUGUCGUUCUAGGAAGGUGUUGAAACAUUUUCGGGAAGUUGAAGAGUCUAAAGUGGGCGAUUCUUGUCCUUCAAGGAAGGUGUCGAAGUAUUUUCUGAAAGUUGAAGAUUCUGCAGUGGACAAUUCUUGUCCUUCUAGGAAUGUGUUGGAGGAAGUUGAAGAAUCUAAAGUGAAUUAUCAAAAGAGAGUGUCUCCUUGUCCUUCUAGAAAGGUUAAGAACAAUUGUACGAAGAAGAGUGUGACAGGUUUCAGAGAGUGUUUUAAGAAGAGGAAAUGUGAAGGAACUGGAUUAAAUGGAAAUUUGAAAGGCGAAGAUUCUUCUUGUUUGGCAAAGAUCUAUGAAUAUUUAGCUAAAGUUGAAGAGAUUAUAAUUAAGGGUAGUUUGUUACUUCAAAAGGUCUCUGACUCCUCUAGAGAAGGGUAUAAAAUUGAAGAAAAUUGUAUGAAGGAUAUUAGGGAUUUUUUAAAUCAAUAUGUAUACCAUGGUAGGAGUGUGUCGAUUCUAAGAAAGCGUGUUAAGAAGAGUGAAUCUGAAAAUUCAGAAGAGCGUGAUUCUGAAUAUAGAGCUAUAGUUAAAGAGGCUAAAGUUAAGUUUGAAUCGUUACUUGGAGAUUUAUCCAAGUCUUUUCAAGAGGGGCCUAAAGUUGAAGAAGGUUCGUCUCUUCUUCCUCCUAAAACGAAAUCCAAAAGUCGCGGUAAGAAAACUCAACCUUUUCUUAAGGCUGAGAGAUAUAAGGAAGCUUACAAAAGAAAAACUGCGGAAAACAAUUGGCUGCCUCCGCGUUCUCAUUGGAAUCUCAUUCAAGAGGAUCAUUUCCAUGAUCCAUGGAGAGUGUUAGUUAUCUGUAUGCUAUUAAACCGAACUGCUGGUGCACAGACAAAAAAAGUUUUAGACGAGUUUUUCAAGUUAUGUCCGGACGCAGAGUCUUGUAUGCGAGUAUCAAGAGAGGAGAUACAAGAGGUAAUAAAGACAUUAGGUCUUCAAGGAAAAAGGUCGGCAAUGCUGCAACGCCUUUCUUGCGAGUACUUGUCUGAGAGUUGGACCCAUGUAACUGAACUGCAUAGUGUUGGUAUGCGGCGGAUGCUUAUGCUAUAUUUUGUACUGGAAAGUGGGAUGAAGUUGUGCCAAAUGAUCACAUGCUGAACAAAUAUUGGGAUUUCCUUCAUACAUUGUGAAUUUCACAAGAUUUUAUAGGUGGACUGCUGAUGAUGAAGGGAAAACUCAUAUAGUUUUUUCUUUUUUGACAAAACAGAAAUUGGUUUUGGUUUGUGAAAACUUUAAAACACAAAAAAGAGAAUCACCAUGUUCAGUGUGGUUGUGAAUUUUUUGUUUUCUGUUUUGAAAGUUAAUUUCAAACCAAAAUCUAUUUCUUUUCUUUUUUGUUUUAGUUUUUUGUUUUCUGUCCAUAAUUUUUAAGCCUGUAUUUAUAUUACUUACAAUGUUAUGUUACAACUUACCAUAGCUAAUGUCGUUUCUAUACCAUUAUUGCUAAAAUUACUAUUAAAUAAAUAAAUUAUAUAUUUUAAUUA